GAAGUUCAAAGCACGCGAACCAUACGCAUAACAGAAGUGUCAUUCCAAGGUAUACAGACAAGACGGCGUAAACUACUUUUUUGGACCUUGGCGCGUUUGCCAGAUCAGAAGAGCAGACAUUAAACAGCCAAUCCAGGAGAGUCCAGGAGAACAGUCACCGGCUGUCCGACAUGCCGGUGAGAAGGGGACAUGUGGCUCCUCAGAACACCUUCCUGGACACCAUCAUCCGCAAGUUUGAAGGACAGAAUCGAAAGUUCAUCAUUGCGAAUGCCCAGGUGGAGAACUGUGCCAUCAUUUUCUGUAACGAUGCUUUCUGUGGGAUGUGUGGAUACAGCCGAGCUGAGGUAAUGCAACAGCCAUGCACCUGCAGCUUCAUGUAUGGACCUCACACGAGAAAACCAGCAAUGGCCCAGAUGGCUAAGGCUCUUCUGGGAGCUGAGGAGAGGAAGGUGGAAAUUUCGCUCUACACUAAAGAUGGAGUGUGUUUUCACUGUGUCAUUGAUGUAGUUCCAGUGAAGAAUGAGGACGGCCUGGUCAUCAUGUUCAUUCUGAAUUUUGAGCUCCCCACUGACCCCAGACCAACCAGCAGGUCCCCAGUCAGAGACCUCAACAAAGUGCUGCGGAUCCCAUGGCUAAACAUGGCUCAGCGGCAGCGUUUGCGUCUCCUCCUGCGCUCCCUCAACCCUGGAGCAGGUGGUCUGUCCCAGGACACAGAGCUGGGUUCUCCUCAGGGAGACCUCCCUCCCCUUGGACAUGAGUCUAUAGCCCUGGAAAAACUCCUGUCCUUCCCUGACAUGGAGCAGCUUGAGGAGGCAGGAGGUGGACUGCUGCUGUGGGACAACGAGGAAGAGGAAGAAGGGGAAGGAGCUGGAAAGAUUAGAGAGAGGGGAGGGGAGAGAGAUGGAUUGGUUACAACAGGACGAAAGAAUGAAGGAGACAGAUGGAGGAGAGAGGGAACCGAUGUGUUUGGACUGAGGAGAGGCAUGGGUCUGCCCCCAUCUCCAAACUCAGCACCUCCAAUCCUUGCCCUACCCCUCGCCUCCUCACAUACGCCACCUAGAGAAAGUGGAAGAGGAAGAGACUGUCUUCACCACACCCAUCCAUCCAAUAAGUUAGAUGGCAGCUGUGGGAGUUUAAAACAUUCCUCUUCAGUGGAUGACAUCAAGACUGGCCAGAGUUACUGGGACAAACGGCUGCAGCUUCGCCACAGCUGCACAGCUGGGAUGGUAACCGUCAGAAAGAGCAGCGUAUCUGUUGGGACAUCAGAUACUGAUUUGCGUUGCAGGGCAAACAGCCAGCAAAUGACCCAGAACCAGCUGGAACCAAAGACAGAUUCAUAUGUGGCAUUGCCUCCUGGAGAAAUCCGACCUCCAUGCAAACUGAUUGACAGAACACACCAUGUCACAGAGAAAAUGACACAGGUGCUGUCACUGGGUGCUGAUGUUUUACCAGAGUAUAAGCUGCAGACUCCCAGGAUCCAGAAGUGGACGAUCCUCCACUAUAGUCCAUUCAAAGCUGUGUGGGAUUGGGUUAUUCUCCUGCUAGUGAUUUACACAGCCAUAUUCACUCCAUACUCUGCUACUUUCCUUCUGAGUGACCAGGAAGAGGCAGCCAUGCAGACCUGUGGGUACUCCUGCUCCCCACUCAAUGUAGUGGAUCUCAUAGUUGACAUCAUGUUCAUUGUUGACAUCAUAAUCAACUUCAGGACUACCUAUGUUAACUCCAACGAUGAGGUGGUCAGCCAGUCCACUCGGAUCGCAGUUCACUACUUCAAGGGCUGGUUCCUCAUUGAUAUGGUGGCAGCCAUUCCGUUUGAUCUCCUCAUCUAUCGCUCUGGAGAGGAGACAACUACGCUGAUUGGCUUACUGAAGACAGCUCGUUUGCUACGAUUGGUUCGAGUAGCCAGGAAGUUGGACCGCUACUCAGAGUAUGGUGCUGCUGUCCUCUUCCUCCUCAUGUGCACCUUCGCCCUCAUCGCUCACUGGCUGGCCUGCAUCUGGUAUGCAAUUGGUAAUGUGGAGCGGGCGACCUCGGCUGGGAUAGGCUGGCUUCACACUCUUGGUGAACAGCUGGGGAGACCAUACAAUGACUCCAUCAGUGGAUCAGGUCCCUCUAUUCGAGAUAAAUAUGUUACAGCUCUUUACUUCACUUUCAGCAGUCUAACCAGUGUUGGCUUCGGGAAUGUAUCCCCAAACACCAACUCUGAGAAGAUAUUUUCUAUCUGUGUCAUGCUCAUUGGAGCGCUGAUGUAUGCCAGUAUUUUUGGUAAUGUGUCAGCCAUCAUUCAGCGGCUAUAUUCUGGUACAGCACGCUACCAUGCGCAAAUGAUGAGAGUCAGAGAGUUCAUCCGUUUCCAUCAGAUCCCCAACCCUCUGAGGCAGCGGCUGGAGGAGUACUUUCAACAUGCUUGGUCAUAUACUAAUGGCAUAGACAUGAACGCUGUUCUCAAAGGCUUCCCAGAGUGUCUUCAGGCAGAUAUAUGUCUUCACCUCAACAGGACAUUGUUGCAGAACUGUAAAGCUUUCAAAGGAUCCACUAAAGGAUGUCUGAGGGCAUUAGCUAUGAGGUUUAAAACCACUCACGCUCCUCCUGGAGACACCUUAGUCCACGCUGGAGACCUAAUAUCAGCUCUGUACUUCAUCUCCAGAGGAUCCAUAGAGAUCCUUAAAGGAGAUGUGGUAGUUGCUAUACUAGGGAAGAAUGAUAUCUUUGGGGAGCCCAUCAAUCUGUAUGCACUUCCAGGAAAAUCCAGUUCUGAUGUGAGAGCUCUGACCUACUGUGAUCUGCACAAGAUCCACAGAGAGGACAUCCUAGAGGUCCUCAACAUGUAUCCAGAGUUUUGUGAAUACUUCUGGUCCAAUUUGGAGAUCACCUUUAACCUCAGAGAUGUGAAUAAUGAAGUGGUGGGUGUGUUGAGUGGGGAGGAGACUGACUGUGAUGGACACAGCAAUCCACAGAGGACAGCGAAGCUCUCUGCCUCUCACACAGGUGACACCAUGCUCAGCAGGAGAGAGAGAUCUGUUUACAGAUGGAAGAGACGCGGCAUCUGGGAACAGCGCGAUGGAUACAAAGAUGAUCAUAAACAUACACUAUAUGGACCCGUGUUCUCCAGUGAGGAUGAAGGGGACGACUUGGAGGUGACUGGUCCUACUCAGACAUCUGGGCUUCAUGCUGCUGCCAUAAAUAGCAUGUUCCCAGAAAGUGACAGGAGAGAAAAGAAAUAUAACCCUUUAACAGAUGCAUUCUCAGGAGUAUCUAACAUCUUCACAUUCUUGGGCUCGGAGAGUCAAGGAGAACAGGGAUACCAGCAGGUUCCCUGCUUCCCCAACCUCCCCUCACCACCUCCUUCCCAGAAGCACUGUGGGCCAUUGUCGUCCUCCCAGUGCCCCUCCAGCCCUCCUCCUCUGCCUCCGCCUCCUCCACCUGUUUUAUCUCCAAGACGGAAGGCACAGUUAGAAAUCAAGCUGGACACCCUGCAGCAACAUAUAACUAGUUUGGAGACUCGCAUGUCAGCAGAUAUUGGGACCAUCAUGCAGCUGCUACAGAGGCAAAUGUCAUUGAUUCCACCUUCCUACAGCACUCUGACAUCAACACCAAACCCACCCUCGUCCCCCAUCCUGUCCCCUACUUCUGUGUCUUUACCCAGCGCUUCAGCCCCAGCUUCACCUACAGAAACUUUACUUGCUGGUCCUCAAGACCAGUCAGGCAGUAAAAACUCAGAUUUCAUAAGUCCACAAUCUCCCUCCAUUGUUUGUACAUCCUCUGCCCUCCUAGUUCCUUUCCCCUCCCCUCUAACCACAGUAACUCACCUUCUCCAAGAGCCACUUGAACAACCCACUGUACCUGUGUGGACACAGAGCUCAUCAUCUUUCUCACAGGAACUUUUAAACACAGACUGUGAGGACCAGUCCUCAGUGAGUCGUUCGGUUUCACAUCAACAUCCAGAAGCAGCAUUUGAGAAGCAGAUGACAGCUCCAGAAGAACCAGUAUCAUCAUCAGACAGCAGCUACCUGAGUCACCACUGUGAUUCCAACCUGGGUAGUUCAUAGUGAUUUGGCACCACACUGCAAUGAGUCAAGUUUGGUGAAUAUUGCCUAUAUCAAAACAGAGAUUCAAUCUCACAUGUCAAAAAUGCUAUCUGUUCUCUUUAAUCAUUCACUGACAGAGUUUUUUCCCCAAGUUUCAAGUAGCUGCUGAGUGACAGGAGACACUCAAUCCUAAUUACAACUGUGCAAGAGCCAGAAUUUUUUCUGAGGACAUAUUGCUGAGACCCUAAGUUCAAAAAACAGCAAGGAAGGAAGAAAAACAAAAAAUAAUUAACUACUUAGUGUAUUGUCACUAUAGAAAAUUCAGAAAAUUGUUUAGUGGCA